AUGAUUGAACAUAUUCGCAGCAAGUUGCAACAGUGGUUUUAUAACCGACGUGAAGAAUCCCAAAAUUGCACGAGUGUGCUAGCUCCGGCACAGGAAGAUCGACUAUUCAAAACUCUGGAAGUGGCAAAAGCUUUAUUUGUGGAACCACUAGAUCAAUUUCGUUUCUCCGUGAGAUGCAGGCGUAAUGUUGGAUACAUUGUAGACUUGAAUGACAAUACCUGCACGUGUAGAAAAUUUCAGUUGAAAAGUUUUCCAUGUGCACAUGCUGUCGCAGUGACUAUGUAUAGAGGAUUUCCACCACACAGCUUGUGCAGUCAUUAUUAUAUGACUGAUUUUUGGAGAGCAGCGUAUGCCGAAACUAUAUUUCCUCUACCAAAUGAAGCCGAAUGGGAAGUUCCUGAUUAUAUUAUAGCACUUAAUAAUUUGUUGCCACCUGAAGCUCCACCGCGUACUCCUGGUCGUAGACGGACGUCUAGAAUACCAUCUACAAGAGAGUUUCCACAACUGC